AUGACUAGUACCGCUAGAAGUGAAGAAACAACCACGCUUCCCCUUCUGACAACUUCCGAACCUGGGAGCACAGCAACAGCCACCUCAACGUUUCCAGAGACCUCCACAACUCCUGUAGAAACCACAAACUCAACAGACAGGACAACAAUAACUAGUACCACUGGAGCUGAAGUGACAAACACACUUUCCCCUCUUGCAACUUCACAACCUGAAAGAACAAGUGCAGCCACCUCAACUGCUACAGAAACAAUCACAGUUCUGGAAGAGACCACUUCCCCAGCUGAGAGUACACCAAUAAUUAGUACUUCUACAGUAGAAGAGACAAGCACCCUUCCCCUUCUUAGCACUUCAGAAUCUGAAACCACUGCUGCAGCCACAUCUACCCCGGGAACAACCUCCACCUCUCCUCUAGAGACAACUUCUGCAGCUCAAACUACAGCAAUGACUAGUACCGCUAGAAGUGAAGAAACAACCACGCUUCCCCUUCUGACAACUUCUGAACCUGGGAGCACAGAAAUAGCCACCUCAAAUUUUCCAGAGACCUCCACAACUCUUGUAGAAACCACAACCCCAACAGAGAGGACAACAAUAACUAGUAUCACUGGAACUGAAACGACAACCACACUUUCCCUCCUUGCAACUUCACAAGUCGAAAAUCGUGAAAUAACUGAAAUAAUCCACCAGAAAACCAUUAAGCCAAUGGAACAAAAUAAAGGUAAUAAUGUCACAACACAGACAACUCCUAUGGUUAAAACCACUACCAUCACCACCACCAAAAGUACAACGUUAGAGAGUACCACCAAAGAAGCAGCUCCCGUGAUCACAAACAAACCUGGGACCACAACAACGUAUCUCACAACACGAGCAGAAUCCAUCACCAAAGCCCCACUGACAGCUUCCACAGCUAAGACUAGAACUGCAGCUACCUCUCUUUGCAGCCACCUCUGCAACAGCAGAAACAUCCACAUCUCCUCUAGAGACCACAGUCCCAGGUGA